AUGGCCUAUAGUAUUUCAAAAGAUGCACAAUAAUUACUAUGUGAGAUCAUAAAUUAAAUAAGUUUAACUGAGAGGAAAGCAGAAUAAAUAAGAAUAUAAUUAUGUAGAAAAACUAGUUUUAAUCCAUACGCAUGCUUUAAAAGGUAAUACAUGUAGCAAAACCUAGAUUAGAUUCAAUGAAUACUAAUUAAAUUAAACCAGAAUAAGUAGAACAACUUUUAAAAGAGAAUGAUUUUUUCGUUUAAGAACUUAUUACAUUGUUUAAUAAAACAUUUAUGAAGGAAUUUUUUAAUUAUCAAGAGUAUUAUAAAUGGUUUCUAAUUUUUCAGUUUUCUAAAUUUAAUUUUACCAAAAAUGGAUAGUGAAUUAAGAGAGAUCACAGCUAUGAAAUAACCAACAAAAGCAGCUGUUGAAAAAUAGAUUGAUUAUACAUUAGCUUAAUUAUUCAAUUUGUAAUAAUAAUAUUAAUUAUAGAGAAUUUAAUGAAGCUAUUAAUUUAGAAAGAUUGAAAAUUAGAUUAAAUAAUUAAUAUAAUGCUGAUUAAAUGUUUUAAAGUUUAGAUUCUCUAAAUAAUAAUACUCUAAAUUUUAAGGAUUUUGAUAGAUUUUUUAGAAGAAAUGGACUUCUAAUAUAUGAAGAAGAACUAGUAAUAAAAAAAUAAUUAUUAAUAGAUAGCAUUCUUUUAUAGAAUAGAUCUUUAAAGAACAGGAUAGAUUACUUUAAAUGAUUUUCGUAGAAUGUUAGAACCUUAACAAAAAUCAUAAUAAAAAGAUUAAAAUUAUUAUACAUAAACUCCAAAAUAGUCAGUUUCAUAACCUAAGAUUAAGAAUAUCUGUAUUGAUGAAUUUGGUAGUGGUAAUAAAGCUGGAUAAAUAAUUUAAUCUAGAACAUUUUCAACAAGCAACAAAAAAAAGUUUUAAUCUAAUAGAAGAGCUUCAUCUAUUACAGAAAGUCUAUAAACAACUAAAAUAACAGAGAAUUUUUUAAAUGAUGAAUAAAGAUUUAUUGAUUUAGGAUUGGAAGUUUUAAAAUUGGAAAUGUAUUUAGAAGAAAUAAAAUUAAAAUUAUAAUAAUAAAAAGAUUUCAAUUCUAUGGAUUUCUUUCAUUUUAUGGAUUUAAAAAAUAAAGGUAAAGUGAAUCAACAUGAAUUUAUAUAUUUUUUAGAAUAAAUAUAACUAAAAAAUAUAGAUGCGAUUGAGUUAUUUAAUUAUUUAGAUAAAGAUUUAGAUGGAUUUAUUAGAUAUUCUGAUAUUUCUGAAUUUAUAUCACCUUCAAAUAUGAGCUCAACUUACAUUUGUAAGAAACCAGCUAAAAAUAGUCAUCUCUCUUAUUCAAUCUCUUAAUUAUUCUCAAAAUAAACUAUUAUAUUAAUUCAAUUGUUAUUUAAUUAAUGGAAUGAAAAUGAAAAAAUCAUUAGACUUAAAAAAAGAUAAUUCUUGAAUGAAUAAAAUAUGUAUUAAAUAUUUAAUAAACUUGAUCAAUAUAAAAAAGGAAAAUUCAAUCGUUAAGAUGUAUAUAUAUAUAUUUAUUAUUAAUUUAGCUUCAACGUUUUUUUGAUCUUUAUAAUGUUAAAGACGAUAUUAAAUUACUGUUUAAACGAUUGGGAAAACUAAAUAAAGAGAUUAAUUAUAAGGAAUUUGAAUUAUUUUUUAUUAAUUGA